AUGAUGUCCUCAACGAACGAAGAUGAUCCCUUCCUCCAAGUGCAAGCGGACGUGCUCGCCCAACUCACCUCUACCCGCGCGCUCUUCACCUCCUACCUCCGCAUCCGCUCCCUCAGCACCACGACCGGCAAGAUCUCCCCCGAACUAGCAUCCGCGCGCAAGGAGCUCGAAUCCUCCUUGACCAUCCUCGCCGAAGACCUCGCCGACCUCGUCGCCUCAGUCAGCGCCGCCCAGGACGACCCUUACAAGUACGGGCUCGAGAUCGAGGAGGUGAGCCGCCGCAAACGCCUCGUCGAUGAGGUCGGUGGCGAGGUCGAGGAUAUGCGGGAGGAGCUGGCGCGGUCUGCGCAGGGCCAGGCGAACGCGGCUGCGCUGGAGCAGCCCGCAAGGGACGACGAUGGGCGCGAUUAUGCGGGCCAGUUCGAGCAUCAACAGCAGCUGACGAUGAUGCGCGAGCAGGAUGCGGAUCUGGACGGCGUGUUCCGCACGGUGGGCACUCUGCGGCAGCAAGCCGAUGACAUGGGGCGCGAGCUGGAAGAGCAGGCUUAUAUCCUGGAUGAGACGGAUAGGCUCGCGGAUCGCGUAGGAGGCAGGCUGCAAGGCGGGUUGAGGAAGAUGGGGGAGGUGGUAAGGAGGAAUGAGGAUGGCUUGAGUAGCUUCUGUAUCGCGCUGUUGAUAUUCGUGCUCAUUCUGCUGUUAAUAUUGGUUCUGGUGCUUUAG